AUGUCCAACAGCAGCUCCAUCAGGCACUUCCUCCUGCUGGCAUUGGCAGACACUCGGCAGCUGCAGCUCCUGCACUUCUGCCUCUUGCUGGGCAUCUCCCUGGCUGCCCUCCUGGGCAACGGCCUCAUCAUCAGCGCCGUAGCCUGCAGGCACCACCUGCACACGCCCAUGUUCUUCUUCCUGCUCAACCUGGCCCUCAGCGACCUGGGCUCCAUCUGCACCACUGUCCCCAAAGCCAUGCACAAUUCCCUCUGGGACACCAGGAACAUCUCCUACAAAGGAUGUGUUGCUCAGCUCUUUUUCUUUCUGUUCUUUAUCACAGCAGGGUAUUCACUCCUAACCAUCAUGUGCUAUGACCGCUACGUGUCCAUCUGCAAACCCCUGCACUACAGGACCCUCCUGGGCAGCAGAGCUUGUGCCCACAUGGCAGCAGCUGCCUGGGCCAGUGCCUUUCUAAAUGCUGUCAUGCACACGGCCAAUACAUUUUUCCUGCCCCUGUGCCAUGGCAAUGCUCUGGGCCAGUUCUUCUGUGAGGUUCCACAGAUCCUGAAGCUCUCCUGCUCACACUCAAACACUCUCAGGGAAGUUGGACUCAUCACAGUUAGUGCCUGCUUGGUAUUUGGUUGUUUUGUGUUCAUUGUGUUCUCCUAUGUGCAGAUCUUCAGGGCUGUGCUGAGGAUCCCCUCUGAGCAGGGACGGCACAAAGCCUUUUCCACCUGCCUCCCUCCCCUGGUUGUGGUCUCCCUGUUUGUCAGCACUGGUAUAUUUGCUCAAUUGAGGCCCCCCUCCAUGUCCUCCCCAUCCCUGGAUCUGGCCCUGUCAGUGCUGUACUCACUGGUGCCUCCAGCCCUGAACCCCCUCAUCUACAGCCUGAGGAAACAGGAGCUCAAGGCUGCAGUUGGAGACUGA